AUGGCCACCACCGCCGUGAUCGCCGGUCUUCCUCGACUUGCGCCUGCGAGGGGGAGGAGACGGAGGUGCACCGUGGCGGCGGCGAUGGGCGCGUCGGGGCUGGAGGAGGGGAAGGGGAAGACGGCGACGGUGAGGAGCAAGGCGUCCGGGGACGCGCUGGAGGUGUGCCGGGUGGUGAACGGGAUGUGGCAGGUGAGCGGCGCGUCGUGGGGCCGCGCGGCACCGGCGGCCGCCGUGGACGCCAUGCUCGCCUACGCCGACGCCGGCCUCUCCACCUUCGACAUGGCCGACCACUAUGGACCGGCGGAGGAUUUAUACGGCAUGUUCAUCAACAAAGUUCGGCGCGAGCGCCCGCCGGAGAUGCUAGAAGAAGUCAGGGGGCUUACAAAGUGGGUGCCGCCACCUGUUAACAUGACAAGAAGCUUUGUUGAGGAGAACAUCAACAGGUCCCGGAAGAGGAUGGAUGUCGCUGCCUUGGACAUGCUGCAGUUCCAUUGGUGGGACUACGCAAAUCCCGGAUAUCUAGAUGCACUAAAGCACAUCACCGACCUCAAGGAGGAAGGCAAGAUAAAGACUGUAGCUCUGACGAACUUCGAUACAGAGAGGCUGCAAAUAAUCCUAGAAAAUGGAAUACCAAUUGUCAGCAACCAGGUUCAACAUUCUAUUGUGGAUAUGCGCCCGCAGAAAAAGAUGGCAGAGCUUUGUGAGCUUACCGGAGUCAAGCUUAUCACGUAUGGCACGGUGAUGGGUGGCCUAUUGUCCGAGAAGUUCCUCGACACCAACAUCAACAUACCUUUUGCUGGACCUCCUCUGAAUACCCCAUCCCUGCAGAAGUAUAAGAGGAUGAUCGACGCUUGGGGUGGCUGGAGCCUGUUCCAGGCUCUGCUCCAGACCUUGAAGAAGGUGUCACUGAAACACGGCAUCCCGAUCUCAACUGUCGCUGUACGAUACAUACUGAACCAGACAUCGGUGGCUGGUUCGAUGGUGGGCGUGAGGCUGGGUCUGUCGGAGCACAUCAGGGACACCAACGCCAUCCUGUCGCUGCUGCUGGACGAGGAGGACAUGGGCAGCAUCACCGAGGCGUCGCAGCGGGGCAGGAACCUGAUGGAGGUCAUCGGAGACUGCGGCGACGAGUACAGAGCCUAG